AUGUCCAUCCUAGGAAAACUGCUCUACAUCACUGUCCUCCUUCUCAACGCCAUCUGCAUCCCCUCAGAAGACCGAUUCCUCGCGCGCGUCUCCCUCACCCCGUCGACAUACCACCGCGCCUUUGGCCAAGAACCAGACACCGGCGUGAAAUACAAAAUCAUACAGCUGAUUGCCAGCGUGCGGACUGUCAUGAGGAGUAUGCAAACCAAACCCCCCUUAGACCUAUAA